CACUCGUGGUUGCUUGAUCGUCAUACUGGACGAGGGCUUCACCUCGAUAUCAUCUAAAUCGCGGUUUAUCAGCACGUGGAUAUGAUUUGACCGCGUUCAAUGCGCCGAGAUGUUGCGGUUAUGUGAUGAGCAAUCGAUCAUGUGUCAGGCGUCAAUCAGAUCGACCACGACGUAUAUAUAGUCUUUCCUCGAGACCGAGUUCUAGCUCUUUGCAAAGCAGACCAGGUUUUCAGCGAUUCUUACCAUAUCAGACUUGACUGACGCUUGCAAUGAAGUUUUCGAGGAUCGUUGCCGUCGCAGUUGCAGCAUGGAGUGCCUCCGCAAUGCCUGCAAAGCGACAAAGCGCUCCUCGCCCAAUGGAAAAUCUUGGUCGGGGAGUAGUCGUUACUCGAUCCAGCCCAAACUCUACCUUCAUCAGCUGGCGCCUCCUGGGACUCGAUGUCGAUAACAUCGGCUUCAACGUGUAUCGCUCCGCCAACGGCGGCAGCGCCACUCGUCUUAACGCCGAGGUCCUCACCAAGGGCACCAACUACAUCGACUCGACUGCUGAUCUUGCAAUACCCAACCGCUAUUGGGUCCGCUCUGUGAUCGAUGGCAAAGAGCAAUCGCCCGCCAGCGGCAGCUUCACACUACCCGCCAACACUGUCCAAGAGCCUCUCGUACGUGUGCCACUCCGCGCUGGUGCUCCUAUCAAGUAUGUCUGGGUGGGCGACUUCAACGCCGACGGGGAAUACGACUACCUCAUUGACCGACACGGCGUGCAGCAGGGUCUCGAGGCCUACCGCCGAGACGGGAAGUUUCUGUGGAAAGUAUCCAUGGGCCCGAACAGCGAAAACCAGAACAACAUUGAGCCUGGAUCCUCGGGCAUUGACGUUGGCCACUGGGAUGGAGUCACAGUGUACGAUCUUGAUGGUGAUGGUAUAGCGGAGGUUAUCGUGCGCAUUGCGAAUGGUGUUGUGUUUGGAGACGGAACGACGUUCAGCGCGGGCGCGAAUAACGAUGAGCAGUUCAUUGCAGUGCUGGAUGGGCAGACGGGGGCGCUGCGCGCAACGGCCAAGAUCCGAAACGAUUACAUCCAACAUGGGCCUUUUGCAGCGCGACUAGGUGUCGGCUUUUUGGAUGGAAAGCAGCCGCACAUUGUCGCGUUCAUGAAGAACCGACAGGAUGACAAGAAGUUCAACCGGAAUCUGGCUGCGUGGACGUUUGACGGCUCGAAGGUCACCGAGAAGUGGGUGUACGACGAUCAGAAUGCUGGGAGCGGGUCCGACGGACAUAAUACCCGUAUUAUCGAUGUGGAUGGAGACGGCAAGGAUGAAGUAGGGGAGAUCAUGUUUACGUUGAACGGGGAUGGCACGCUCAAGUACGACAUGACCACCUCAGGGAUCGGCCAUGGGGACCGCUGGCAGAUUGCGAAGAUGGACCCCGAUCGCCCCGGUCUGCAGGGUUAUGGUGUCCAGCAGAACAAUCCCAGCAAGCUCUGGGAGUACUACUACGACGCCAGGGAUGGCAAGGUGUUGUGGAAGCAUUAUGGCCCCGAAGUAGCCGACAUUGGACGUGGGUUGAUCGGUGACAUCGACCCAAACCACCCCGGCAUGGAGUCCUGGAGCGCAGGAGGCUCGGGGCUUUACAACGCGCCUAGUGAAACUAAGCUCGAGGAAGACACCAAACUAUCUCCGUGGGCACACCUGUCGCUGUGGUGGGACGGCGACGAUACCGUUGAACUCUACAACGACGGCAAACUUGAAAAGUGGAAUCCAGCGAAACCGACCACGUCCAACAGUCUGCCCCGACUCUUCCGUAUCGACAAGUACGGCGCCAUCAACCCCGGUGAUCCAAACCCAGGCUUCCUCGGUGAUAUCUUUGGCGACUGGCGUGAAGAGGUCAUUACGACCAACGCGGCGUACGAUCAGCUUAUCAUCUUCACUACCGAUCAGCCCACGGAGCGCCGUUUGUAUACGCUGGCACAUAAUCCGGCUUAUCGUAAUGGGAUGACGUUGAAGGGGUAUCUCCAAAACGCACAUGUGGAUUACUAUAUUGGCAGUGGCAUGAAGACGCCGCCGAGGCCAAAUAUCCGGUAUGUCGGAACGUGAUGGGGGAAGUCAAGUUUGAGUCUAAAUCCAUUGGUUAUCUUAAAGAAGAUUUUGUGUGCAGCAUCUCAUGCUUUUGCCUGGAUUUCAACAAGCCCAGGCAUCUCAUAGCCUACAGGUAAUCUGAGAAGCUCGAGCUUACUAGGCUCAUCUUAAUGAAAUGAAGCAAAGCGGACUUUGAGAAAUGGCCUUGUACGACCCUGAAACUGUGGGCUUCGACUCGGGUAUAUUGACAACACUCGAGGUCCC